AUGGUGGGCCGGAGUAUGCAAGCUGCAAGAUGCCCUACAGAUGAAUUAUCUGUAACUAAUUGUGCAGUUGUGAAUGAAGAGGAUUUCCAAUCUGGCCAGCAUGUGGUUUGGGCUGGACUUUCUAUUGAGCAAGAAAUAGAACUCUCUUUAUACACAUUUGACAAAGCCAAACAGUGUGUUGGCAUGAUGACCCUUGAGAUUGAUUUCCUACAGAAAAAAAAUCUCGACUCCAACCUUUAUGACACUGACAAGAUGGCAGCAGAGUUUAUCCAGCAGUUCAACAACCAGGCCUUCUUGGUGGGACAGCAGCUUGUAUUUAGCUACAAUGAUAAGCUUUUUGGUUUAUUGGUGAAGGAUAUUGAAGCUAUAGAUCCUAGCAUCCUGAAGGGAGAACCUGCUGCAGGUAAAAGACAGAAGAUUGAAGUAGGGCUGGUUAUUGGAAACAGUCAAGUUGCAUUUGAAAAAGCAGAAAUUUCAUCACUCAAUCUUAUUGAACAGAUGGAUAUGAAGAAUAGAACAUUUAGUGCAGAAAGAAAUGUGAACGAGUAUGGGUCUUGGGCCCAGAGCCUACAGCCACUUUCACUGCAACUGUUAGAGAUUACCACCAUUGAUGAUGGGCUAGUUGCUCAGCACUGGGCAAUUGGAAAUGUGCUCUGUGUCCAGUGUCUAGGGCUGAUGAUGAAAUCAUCUGGGCUUCACUGGUAUUGGAUCUACAUAAAUCCAUUGAGCAUUAGCCAUAACACAGCCUGA